UUCCAUUUCCAGUUUUAUUCAUGGCCAAACACUACACACACCAUUUCAUCACUCUAUCUUUAUCCUCUCUCUCUUCUUGGUUCUGCUCUGAAUUUCAGCGGUUAGCACCUAGCCAUGAAUAUCUUCACGCCGACCUCCGCAGCUCCGGCGAUUCCGAGCUGUUUUUUUCUUCCGCCGCGACACAGUGACUUCUCCGGAAGAUGCUCUCUGGAAUUCAAACGUUUCGCACCUCCGUUUAGAGCUUCAACUCUCAUUUGCAUGGCGGAACCUUAUUUGAUCGUGAAGCUGGAAUCUGCUGAGAAGACGUGGAAAGAAUUAUCGGUCAAGCUGGCAGAUCCAGAUAUUGUCUCGAACCCCACAGAGUAUCAAAAACUUGCCCAAUCAAUGUCAGAACUUGAUGAGGUGGUAUUGACUUUCAGAAAAUUCAAGGAAUGUGAAAAGCAGUUAGAGGAGGCCAAAGCCUUAUCAAAAGAGAGUGGGAAUGAUGAGGAUAUGGUAGAGAUGAUUGCUUUAGAAAUCAGUUCUUUAUCCAGUCAACUCAAAGAUAUCGAGGAGAACCUUAAGGUGAUGUUGCUUCCAUCUGAUCCUCUUGAUGCAAGAAAUAUUAUGCUUGAAGUCCGGGCAGGUACAGGUGGUGAUGAAGCUGGAAUCUGGGCUGGUGAUCUUGUCCGUAUGUACCAGAAAUACAGCGAGCGGAAUUCUUGGAAGUUUUCCCCUGUUUCAAGUUCUGAGGCUGAAAAAGGUGGAUUCAAAACUUAUGUGUUGGAAAUCAAAGGACAACGUGUCUAUAGUAAAUUAAAAUAUGAGUCCGGUGUUCACCGGGUUCAACGUGUUCCUCAAACAGAAACACAGGGCCGUGUGCAUACUUCUACUGCGACGGUUGCCAUCAUGCCAGAGGCAGAUGAAGUUGAAGUAGUGAUUGAUCCAAAAGACAUUGAACUAACUACUGCAAGAUCUGGGGGCGCAGGAGGGCAGAAUGUCAACAAGGUGGAGACAGCAAUUGAUCUUUUCCACAAGCCGACAGGAAUCCGCAUUUUUUGCACAGAAGAAAGGACUCAACUUCAGAACAAGCAUCGGGCUUUUCAAUUGCUGCGAGCUAAACUUUAUGAGAUCAAAGUGAGGGAACAGCAGGAGAAGAUCAGGAAUCAACGAAAAUUACAGGUAGGUACAGGUGCUCGUGCUGAGAAAAUUCGGACCUACAAUUACAAGGACAAUAGGGUUACCGACCACCGGUUGAAGAUGAACUUCGAGCUCACGUCCUUUCUUGAAGGUGAUAUAGAGAAUGCAGUUCAGGCAUGUGCUGCCAUGGAACAAAAGGAACUCCUGGAAGAACUGGCUCAGUCGGCUGUGGCUUCAACCACUUGAAUUCCACCAUUUCUUGCCAAUAACUGGAGCCCUCUCAUAACACAGAUUUUCUUUGAACCAUAUGAAAUGCUAUAUGAGGUUAGGUAAAAAAUCAUUCACUAUUACUUUAUUUUUAUUAUUAUUUUUUUGUAUAUGGCCUUGGUAUGUAUGAUUGUGUACACGUACACGCACUGAGAAUUAUACCAGUUGGCUUGUGGCGCAAGUGGUCUCAAAAUAGAGGGGGAAGAAGAAAAUUAAUUAACCAACCCCAGUAGAAUUAGAUUACCGAUGCUGACGUGACUUUAUGAAAUUAAUGAUAAAUAUGUAUAGGCGAACUAUUAUUUCAAUCAAUCUCGAUUCAGUUUACAUCAUCGAUUCAUUUUACA